GGUCAGUGAUGUAGUUUGGGGCAGUGUUAUGGACAGCUUUGUACGUCAGUCAGGGGCGGACUGACCAUUUGAAAACUCGGGCACUGCCCGAGGGCCCGGGGUCAGUAGGGGGCCCCAUGAGAUGCCCCUGGUACCUUUUUCAUAGGCUUUUUUGGGUGUGGGCGAGGACACAGGGGCCCCAUGAUCCCCUAUUGCCCGGGGGCCCCAUGAGUUGUCAGUCCGCCCCUGACGUCAGUGUUAGCAUUUUGAAUUUGAUUCGUUGGGCAAUCGGAAGGCAGUGGAGUGAUUAGCAGAGGGGGGGCCCCAUGAGAUGCCCCUGGUAGCUUUCAUUGGCUUUUUCAUAGACUUUUUUGGAUGUGGGCAAGGACACAGGGGCCCCAUGAUCCCCUAUUGGCCGGGUGCCCCAU